AUGGGGGCUGCUUCGGUUGGUGGCUUACAGUGGAAUUGGAGACAUGAACCAUCGACAGAAGUGGAGUUAAAUCAGUUGCAGGAUUGUCUUCUGUUGAUAGAUAGGAUUCAAGUGCUAGAUUCGGCCGAUAAGUGGUGUUGGGAUACAGUUGAUACAGAUGGGUUCUCCGUUUUGGAUGUCAAGAGAUGGAUUGUUAGUGGUCGGCCAAACAUAGACCAAGCGAUUUAUAGGUGGUGCAAAUGGAUUCCGAUCAAGUGCAACGUGUUUAUGUGGAGAAUGCUUAUGGAUAGGAUUCCUACGAAAAAGGCGCUUUCUAGGCGGAAUGUCAACUGCGGAGACGGUUUAUGUAGUUUUUGUGAGGAGUUUGAGGAGACCGUUGACCAUAUUUUUACGGCCUGUUUGGUUGCUACGGGAGUAUGGAACGCGAUAGCUAGAUGGGUUGGUCUCCCUCAGUUCUACUUCUUUUCGGUGGCGGAUAUCCUCCAUAUGGAGUAUACGUCUUCUUGGUCCAAGGAGAAGAAGAUGGCGCUUCAUGGGGUGCUGUGA